AUGAGUACCCCCGCCAUCCAGCCCAGGACUCCAGCCCAGUGGCUCGAGUACGCCCAAAGUAAAAUCGUAUCAUCAAUCCCAUUAAGACAAGAGAAACGCUCAGAGCAGAACACCAGCAUUCAACGAGACGUUUACCUAGACGAUUCUGCAAUCAUCAAGCAGCCAGAGCAGCUACUGUACGUUUACACAGAUGUCUUUGCAUUGACCAAGCCUGAGAUCACCAUCUCGCCUCCUGAUAUCGGUCUGGUCCGAGUCCAGACAAGGGUCCUAACCGCAGAUACGCCCGUCCAUCUGAAUGUCACACCUGGGACUACUGGCUGUGAGGUGUCGAUUUACGCUUCGCUUCUGAACCAGCCGAUCACCGUGUCAAGCGGUGGCGCCGACCCCGUUCAUCUGGAUCUCGGUCCAGGGACGGAUCAUGUUGGAGUUCGCCUGAUGAUCCGUCCGGGUCAGGUGCAUGCUAUUUAUCAGAAGCACUAUAAUCAGGUGAAAGAUGAGGACACCCAGGCCAGCCUUGAGACGCAGUUGCAGAUUGCCCUCGCGCUCUGCUGGAGAAGUAUCCCUGUUUCCAUUUCGCUUUGCUCGUAUGUUGUGGCGGUAACUGCCAACCCGGCGCUAUAUCCACGGCUCAAUAUCCAAGCAGUAGCAUUGGGCCAGCAACUUGCUGCGCAGGCCAUGACGGGUCCUGAUAUGGGUUAUGCACCUGUGUUGAACAUUGAUAGCUACAAGGAGACCGUACGUGAUGCGCUGCGGGCUGUGGCUGCGUUUGAGGAACAGUAUGUUCGGUUCCAAGAUAAGAAGGAGUCUCUGGACGUUCAAAUCAAAGCCUGGGAUACUAUGCUUGAAAAAGCCAACACGCAGAGACAGAUCCACAUGAACCUGAGGAGGCUGGCUCUGGACAAGUAUAAUGAUGCCCGAACCGCCGUUGCUCGCUGCCUUGAACAGUUUUUGGCCGAUAAUAAAGAUAUUAAUUCUGCUGCACAAGUGUUCCGGCGUGGCCUGGAGAAUUGGGCGGCCAAGGAAUUCUUGAAGGCCGCAUUCGAUAUCACCAUUGGCGUGCUGAAGUUUACAUCGGCCAUCGGCAAGUUCGCGGACGACCGCCCUGGCAAAGGUGCUGAAGCUUUAAGCCAAGCAAAAGCUGCAAUCGAUGCACUGCGGCAGGCAUGGCAGCUGCCAAACCAGAGAGAAAAGAGACUCUCCCCAGCCACGCUGGAGGGCCUUACUAAUUGCAUGGUCGGGCUUGAAAAGAUGUACCCUAUAACAGAUGAGAUGGUGGAAGGGGUGAAAAAGUUAGAGUCUGAUCCGAACGCUAAGAUACCCACACUCAGCGACAUCUCAGGCGGCCGGGAUGGCGAUGCCGAUGCUUCGGCUAUUGUCACACUUGCUGCGUGGGAGAAAUGGUGUCUUGAAUCUGACCAGCAAGUCGAAUUUGGAGUCAGUCAGGGAGUCGAGGGUGCUUCUGCAUAUCGACUAGCUCUACAGAAACAUGGGGUUAGUGGCAAGGCGCUCGCGCAAGUUCAAGCCGAGGCCGUAAAAGCUGGACAUGAAUAUAUCCAAGCCGAGCUGGAACUCAUCGGCUGCAAUAAAGAUAUCGCAGACUUGAAAGAAUUGCGAAAGAAUUUUAAGGGUCAAGAAGAUGUCUAUGCGCAGGCUGAAUUAAAGUUCUUCAAACGCUUCCUGGCCAUCCGAACCAGUCUUGUGAUGGAAAUGCGCAAGUUGGUCUGGGCACACAAAUACUGGGCUUUGGAGGAUUCUACGGUGAUACUUGAUUCUGGAAAGCUAUCUGCCGAUUUCCAAGCUGAUCUUCUUACUCUGGACUCGGAAAUGGAAUCCGCAGACGAAAAAUACGCCACUGAUUAUCAACCAUUUAACUGGACUGUACCCUCUUCGGAUCUUCCUUCCAGCUACGGAGAGCAAAUGAUCGAAGGACUAAAGGGCGAUACCCACAGCGCCAGCUUCACACUUGCACCCGCUGAUCCAAAAACGGAGCCAAACUUUGCCAGUAAAUUCAUCAAUGGCUCCCACUUCCGUCUAGAUGGUCUGGAGACAUUUCUUCGUGGUGUCGUUCCCAGACCUGAGGCUGUAAAGAAUGGGGUCGCUCCAGUCGACAUGCAGAUCCUAACCUCUGGUGUCUAUUCAGACACCAAAGAUGGGAAGAUCUUCCACUUCACCAGUAUUCCGAGAAGCGUGCGACUUUCCUACGAUCUCACGGAAUCGGGUGCUCGCGGUGACACGCAUAUCCAUGCGACGUUCCCAACUAAGGAGCAUGCUGAACCGACACCUUUCACGCAAUGGACUAUCAAGUUGCUGCAUCCUGAGAAACUGGAUCUCAGUGGUCUGACGGGGGUUGAUUUGGAAUGGACAGGCAAGGCUCGAUUUGAGGGAAGUAGCGAGAAACUAUCCGCAACUUAG